AUGACGUUGUAUGCCACUUGGGAGGAUUUCGCGAAGGACGCGGAAAUGCUUUACAGUAAGGACCCCAUGGGAUUUAGAUUAGUUACCAAAUAUCGGCACAAGGACCAGAAAUUAGUGGUUAAGGCUUCUGACAAUCAGAAUACACUCAAAUACGUCGCAGAACUGGCCCAAGAUGUCAAGAAGUACGAGAGGUUCACCACUUUACUCAUGAGACACAUGUCCUCAAAGUAG